AGAAUAAGUAAAACUUGUCGCCAACUCGCCUAUAAAAUUUUAAAAGUCACAGCAUCAAGUUGGUUUAAGUUUACAUCACUUAUUUUUUAAUUAAUUAUGGCGGCUAUACCGGGACGAGCUCUUCACUAUGUAUUCAAGAUUGGGGAUCGCGCUAAGAAUGCAUUUUUCUUUCGCACCAUUUUGGGCAUGAAGGUCUACCGGCAUGAGGAGUUCAAAGAAGGCUGCGAGGCUGAGUGCAAUGGGCCAUACGACAAUCGCUGGAGUAAGACCAUGAUCGGAUAUGGUCCGGAGAGCUCGAACUUUGUCUUCGAACUGACUUAUAAUUACGGCGUAAAAAGUUAUGAAAUGGGCAACGAUUUCGGAGGCGUGACUAUACAUUCCAAGGACAUUCUAACGAAAGCCGCCGAGCAUUCUUAUCCGGUUUCAAAGCAAGGCGAUCGGAACAUGCUCACUUCCCCAGACGGCUAUAAGUUCUAUGUGGUUGAGGCAGAGCCCAGUGCAUCAUCAGAUCCAGUGCAACAGGUAGAGCUGCAUGUGAGCGAUUUGGCGGCAUCUCGCAAAUAUUGGCAUGAGCUGCUCAAGAUGAACAAGAUCGAGGAGAACGAGGAGUCCCUGCUGCUUAGUUAUGGUGAUAAGCAAGCUUCGCUACGUCUCACACUCUUAAAGGAGAAGUUGGAUCGUGCUAAGGCAUAUGGCCGUAUUGCAUUCGAAAUACCCGGAUCUACUCAGCAACCGUUAUUCGAGGCUGUUCAGGCUGCUGGGGGCACCAUUCUUAAACCUCUGAUCCAGUUGGACACUCCGGGCAAGGCAACUGUAUCGGUGAUCAUUUUAGCCGACCCCGAUGAUCAUGAAAUAUGCUUUGUGGAUAAGGAGGGCUUUACAGAACUAUCUCAGUCUGAUCCAGAUGCUGCUGACCAGCUUGACAAGUACAUAGGCAAAGAUCCAUUCCAGGAUAAAGAAACAUCGUAAUCCUAUGUUUGUUGAACAUUUGCUAAAUACAUUUUUUAUAAUAUAUAAUCUGAUACUUAAUAUGUGAUCCGUGGGCGUAAAGGCAAUAUAUGAAUCUCCACCCCAAUUUACUGUAUACAA